AUACCCACUGAUUCCAACCUUCACGAUGACCAAGGUCUGCAUGGCGUGUUGCACAAAAACCAAAUCUCAAAAAAUUGGAAACAUGACCAUCUUAAAGAUUUGAAUCAUCAUGCUCAAAAAUUGCAUUUAGUAGCAUUACCCAUAUAUGAAUACUGCAACGCAAAAAGAAUACUGCAAUACAAUCAUGGUUCUUUCUUUUGUUUACCGUUUGAUUUCUCGUUUGAUAGCUACCGUUAUGGCUUUUUUUCAAUUUCAAACCGAGGAGCAAGUACUGUCUUUGAAACUUUUAGUAAACACAGAGACUAACAAAGUUUUGUUUGCUGAAGCAGGUAAAGAUUUUAUGGACAUUCUCUGUAGCUUCUUAACAUUUCCAUUAGGUACCAUUGCAAGACUUGUUCAGGAAGACUCCGAAAUGGGUCCGAUUACAAUCGGUUGUCUCAGCUCUCUCAAUCGAAGUGUCGAAAAACUUGGCUUCAACACAAAUUAUAACUCAUCCGAAGAUUAUUGCGGCACCCUCAAGAUUAACAUUGAUGACACUCACCUCACAAAGUACUAUGUAUGUACCGAGUUUCAUGGGAUCAGUUAUCCAUGUUCUUGUUUAAGCAUAGGUAACAAAACACAUUAUUGUAGCUUUUGGCAUCCUUUGUCCCGUUCAGUUUCCCUGCUUCCUUCUGGCAUUGGAUUUGUGAAGGCUACUACAAGUUUUGUCAUUAGCGAUGAUUUAAUUGUGUCGCCGCACUCCAUGAAUCACACAAUCUUUGAUAUCACCAAGAAAUUUAGAGUAAAAAAUGCUAGCUCGGUUAAAGAAGUAACUGUCAAUCUCACUAAGGAAAAGGUAUUGGACCUGUUGAAGUGUUCGUUUUUUUCCAAGACACCUCUAACCGAUUUGUUUAUAGGAAUGGAACCUAUUAUCGAGAGAUCAAGGAUUUUCUCUUGUGACGUUAAAAACAUUAUUAGUGGUGAUAUUCAUAUCACGGUGAAGAUAGUUGUAAGAAAGUCCGAUAACAUUAUAUUGUAUGCUCAAGGGAAACAAGAUUUUGCAGACUUAAUUAUACGAUUUCUAACAUUUCCGUUGGGUGGAGUUCUGCGCAAGUUAGAAGGGAAUAAUUCCUCGGGUAGUAUUGAGGGACUGUGCAAGAGCGUAGCUGAUUUAAAUGAAGACGAGUACUUCAUAAACAAUGAAGCAAAGAACAGGCUUCUCCAUCUAAGCUCUUUGCAUUAUUAUUGUCAUUUUGGAUGGGACACUUCCUAUAGAAGAAAAACUGGUGUCUUUCUUCAAAAAACUAAGGAAGUUUUGAAUGAAGGGCGAAAUUUAAAUAAAUUGAAUUUGGUUAAUACAUUUGCCAAUCCGCCUGUGGUAAGUCCUGGAAGUUAUGCAGAGAUACCAGAAAUGUAUAUUGUUACAGAUGAUCUGGUCAUAGAGCCGUUGUUGUCUCCAGUUUCAUCUGUAUAUCAACUCAAUCGUUUCAAAACUUCUCUUGAUGAUUUAGAAGAAAAAGUUGUCACCAUUGGCAUCAAGGAGAGUCUCGGCAUAUUUAGGGAAGCUUUAAACUCAACAUCUGCUCUCACAAAUGGUCUCCGCCACCUGUUAACCCAAGCUAAGAAGGAGAAAUGAGAACGAUUAACAUUGUUUUGUAAGAUAUAUGUUAGAUCAAAAGUUGCAACAAAGUUUGUAACAAAGUUUGUAACAGAAAACAACACUGCACCUUUCUAUUUCGCGUUUAUUUCAAUUCAUGCAUUAAUGUUUUAAAGACCUUGAAUUGGUUAUGCAAGGUCUGUUUUUUUC